AUGAAGCGCGCCCGAGUAAGUGAAGUAUGGAAUUAUUUCACAGUUGAUUCUGAAGAAAAUAAGCUUGCAAAAUGUACUAUCUGCCAAUCGAAAUUUAGUUUUAAAGGAACUGUUUCCAAUUUAAAUAAACAUUUAAAAAAUAAGCAUUUUAUGACUGUCCCUACUCAAAACUCAAGACAGGAACAGGAAGUUAUUCCAACGAGGCCGCUAACUUUACCAGUGAUUGACUCCAACGCCAACGUUGAGCAUGCAGAUUACGUUGCUUUAUCUGGAUCUUCACAAACCGUAAGUAUGCCAAGCGUACAGACAACUUCGGACCCGCAAGCAUCUAAUAAAAUUCAGUCAACCCUAAGAAUGUUCGCUAAUACUAAAAAGUUAUCGACGAAACAAAGAAAAGAAAUAGAUGACGCAUUAAUGUUAUUGUUUUUUAAAAGUUUUCUGCCGUUCUCAAUAGUUGAGGAUGUAUAUUUCCAAAAUUUUGUAGCAAAGCUAAACCCAGCUUACCAGCUUCCGAGUCGUAAACAUGUAUCAAAUACAUUGUUAGAUGCUGAAUAUCACAAUUGUUCAAAUAAAGUCAGAGAAGAACUCAGUAAUGUCGAUUCUGCUUGUCUCACAAUAGACUGCUGGACAUCAAGAGCACAAGAGGGCUACUUAGCGGUAACAGCGCACUACAUAGAUAAAAACUUUAAUUUAGAAACUGCUCUUCUACAAUGUCGCAUUUUGUCUGGACCGCAUACAGCAGUUAAUUUGAGUACGGAGUUGAAUGAAGUCAUGAACGAUUGGAACUUCACAAAAAAAGUUAAAUUAGUUGUUUCUGACAAUGCUCCAAAUAUUCAAAACUGCAUUAAAGAUCUUCAUUUAAAAAACUUUGGAUGCUUUGCACAUACAAUUAAUUUGAUAGCCAAAAAUGGCCUAAUGAUACCGGAAGUCGAAAUUUUUUUGAGUAAAUUAAGAAACAUUGUGAGUCAUUUCAGACGAAGUAACACUGCUGUCGAAAAACUCCUUAAAUACCAAGUAAAUAAUAAUGUAAUACGACCAAAAAAAAUGAUAAUAGAUGUCGCAACCAGAUGGAAUUCCACCUUUUAUAUGCUAGAAAGAGCUUUAUUGUUAAAGGAAGCAGUAACAAGUACAUUGGCAAUCUUAGACUCCGCAAGUAGUACUUGCCUUCAAAAUAUUAGUGCCGAUGAAUGGAAACUGUGUUCAGAUUUAUGCACAGUUUUAAAACCGUUAGAGCAAGUUACUGUCCAGAUUAGUGGAGAAAAAUACCUUACAGGUAGUCUUGUCAUAAUAUUUAAUAGAUUAUUAAAUAAUGUGUAUUCCGACAAAAUUUCACACGAUGAAACACUACAUUCCGGUGCUAAAGUUGUAUGCAAUAGGAUUAUACGUAGUUUGCUCACAAGACUGAAUAAUAUAGAGAUGAGUGGUACUUUCGGAGUAGCUACAUUUCUCGACCCAAGAUUUAAAAUGGCAUUUUUUCUUGAUAAAAGAGCAGCUGAAGCAGCCAAAAAAAGGGUGAUUGAAAUGGCAGUUAUUGAAAUAAAUAAAGAAAGUGCUAGACAGGAAUCACGGUCAACGAUAACGUCAACAGCGCCGACUACAUCAACAGAAACCGGAAUAUCAGAAGAUACCAGCAAGCCAUAUAAUUUCAUAGAUAUUUGGGCGGAUAUUGACAUCCAAGACGUUCAUACACUGGAGUCACCAACGGCAACAGCUAUUGCCGAGGUUCAGAGGUUCAUAAAUGAUAGAAUGUUACCAAGAAAUGCAAGCCCCAAUGAUUGGUGGCGUAAACAUUCUUUUUUGUACCCUAACCUCAGCAAGGUAUUCAAACAGCACUGUUGUGUACUAGCCACUUCAGUACCUUGCGAAAGAAUUUUCUCAAAAUCUGGGGAACUAAUUUCUGACCGACGAACUCGUCUGUCGUCAGAAAAGGUGAAAAAAUUGAUGUUUUUACAUACGAAUAAAAAAUAA